CAUUUUAAUAUGCAUCAGAAUAUAUAUAAGUAAAGGCGAAUAAUUUAAUGGGAGUUAAAUUAAAAUAAUUUUGCAGUGCUUUACAGUCGUGAUCUAACGGUUACUUGUUUCUUUUUGACAUAUUACACUUCCUUUGGCCACUACUAGCUCACGCAGACACAAAAAACCGACUUCCUGUGUGACAUUAGGCUCGCGUCAACGUCUGCGUUAUGCAUACCCUCUAAUGGAAAGAUGUUAACUGUAUCGUGGUGUAUCAUCAUUUCUGAGUGUGGGCAUCAAGGAAUAUUCCCUCCACUAAGUUAAUUGUGGACUUGCGGGAGAAGACGUGACGUCUCAGUAUCCUUUGAGCAAACAGCAGUGACUUUGCACUGGGAACAGGGUCCUCACACGUGCGAUGUGAAACAUGGACCAUCCAGCGUAUCAUGGGCCGAUAAGCAAACAGAGAUGUGAGGAGCUGCUUGGCAAGAAAGGAAAGGACGGAACAUACCUCAUUCGUGACAGUGAGACCAUUCAGGGAGCUCUCUGUCUCUGUGUAUACAAGCAAAAAGUGGUCUAUACAUAUAGGAUCCUUCAAACCCACUCUGGAUCCUUCACUUUACAGGCUAGCUCAGGUGUAGAGGAGAAGUUUUUUGUAACCCUGAAGGAUCUUAUUCGCCAUUACAAGAAAAAGAAUCAAGGACUUGCAACACACUUACACCGUUCGCUGAAAAGAAAAACACUGCAAGAACAGCCUUUGCGACGUCCAGAACCACUAGUGCCUGAUGAGGAAAAUGAUUAUGAAAAUGUUGAGUGCUCAGGGGACUAUGUUGUUGUUCUGCCAGACUGAUUUAGUCACAAUGUGACAUAUGGACUGGAUAACUGGAUCAGCCAAUACAAAGGAUAUAGCUGAUAAUGUGUCCAAGAACUUUCUUAACAUUCGCAUUAAAUGAAUCCCAUUUUACCGUAUGAUUUUGUGCAUGGUAAAUGCGUAAAUCGUGGAUGUGAAUUUCAAUGCUGUUAUGUUGUGGAUUUUGGAUCAUAAUAAUUUGAGUGAAAAGUUGAAUUGAAAAAUUAGCAUGGUUUCCAGAAUGUCUUAAUAUGUGCUACAUUUUGCUUUAAUUUAAUAAAAUAUUAAAUAUUAUUUAUUUCACAACAUUCUAGAAAUUCUAAAGCUUGUUUAGUUUUUAAACUCAAAUUUUCAAUGUAGCCACAGACUUAAGUUAAUGUACUUGGCCAAUAAAGUUUUGCUAUUUAUACUGUAAUACUAAUCUGGUUGGGAGAGAAAUAUUUGGUUCAUAUUUUGUGUUUGAUGACCUGAUAAUAGCACAAGAAGGUAUGGAAGCCCAUUUCCGCCAAAAUAUGAUCAAAAAAUAAAAACAGUAAUUGUGACUUUAUCUCAGAAUUGUGAGUUAUAAAGUCCGAAUUCUGACUUUUUUCUCGCAAUUCUGA